GUGUGGGUGGCUCAGGGUGAAGGACCGAGACGUUCCACCUGGGCUGGCUACGUCAAGGAGCAACCCGAGCUGCCAAGGGCGUCCCGCCGACCGGCUGCGUGGGGCAGGAGCGGAGGUGGCUGCGGGUGCUGGAGCACCGCGGUGCCUGCCCUGCGCCCUUCUCCCCGCCGGCUGCGGCUGAGCCGAGCGCCCAUGCGGGAGCCCGUGGAGCAGGGAGCCGGCGGCGUGUGAGCAGCAGCCCCGACAUGGCCGGGCAGGGGCCGGACGCUGCGGCUGCAGGAGGGGACCGGCCAGACGCAGGCCCCGCGGUGGGGAACGGCAGCGCGGAGCCCCCCGGCAGCCCGACCCUCCCGGAGCAGGGCUGCGCCUGGAGCCCCCGCCCCGAGGGCGGCGAGGAGCCCCUGCGGCUGCCCACCUUCUCCCCGGCUGCCCAGGCCCGCGUGGCCGUCACCUUCGCCCUCUUCGCCCUCUCCGCCGGCUGCAACCUGGCGGUGCUGCGGGCGGCGGGGGGCCGGCGGGGUGCACGGCGCUCCCACAUCCGCCUGCUGCUGCGGCACCUGGCCGCGGCCGACCUGCUGGUGACGGUGGCGGUGAUGCCGCUGGACGCCGUCUGGAACAUCACGCUGCAGUGGCGGGCGGGCGACCUGGCCUGCCGCCUCCUCAUGUACCUCCGGCUGCUGGCCAUGUACGCCUCCGCCUUCGUCACCGUCGUCAUCAGCCUGGACCGGCAGGCGGCCAUCCUGCACCCGCUGGCCAUCGCCCGCGCGCGCAGGAGGAACCGCGCCAUGCUCCGUGCCGCCUGGCUGCUCAGCGCCGCGCUCUCCCUGCCACAGCUCUUCCUCUUCCACACCGUCACCCUCCAGCCCCCGCACAACUUCACCCAGUGCACCACGCGGGGCAGCUUCCCCCAGCGCUGGCACGAGACCCUCUACAACAUGCUCAGCUUCACCUGCCUCUUCCUGCUGCCGCUGCUCAUCAUGGUCUGCUGCUACGCUCGCAUCCUCCUGGAGAUCUCCCGGCGCAUGGGCUCCGGCCUCUUCUCCUCCAGGGACGUGCCGUUGCGGUGCUCCGGGAACAACAUCCCACGGGCACGGCUGCGCAUGCUGAAGAUGAGCCUGGUCAUCGUCUCUUCCUUCAUCCUCUGCUGGACCCCCUACUACCUGCUGGGGCUGUGGUACUGGUUCUGCCCACGGGCCAUGCAGAAGAGGGUCUCGCCGUCCCUUACCCACAUCCUCUUCAUCUUCGGCCUCUUCAACGCCUGCCUGGACCCCAUCACCUACGGGCUCUUUACCAUCCCCUUCCGGAGGGGCUGCGGCUGCCCCUGCGGGCACAGCCCUGAGCCCGAGCCGCCCUCCCCGGCCACGGGCUCCUUCCACUGCUCGGCCUCGUCCCUGCGGGCCAGGCGGGGUGCUGGGGGUGUGCGGGGGCCUGGGCUGCCCGCUGGGGCUGGCUCCUGCCAAAGCAGCACCCUGUGAGCCGGGGCUGGCCCGACGUGACACAGAUCCCCAGGGGGCUCUGGGCAGGGGACCUGUAAUGGCACAACAGCGAGCACAAGUGAUGGGGGCUCUGCGGCACUGCUCCUGUGCCACAAAGCACCUCUGCAAGCAGUGGGGCAGAGCUGGUCCUGUGGUCGGGUGGGCACGAGUGCCCCCGGGUCUCCUCUUCCCUCUCUGUGCCCGUUAAGCCUUGUGCUGGGGCAGGACGCAGCAAUAAAGCAC